AAAAAAUUGUUGGGCUGUAAUCUGCAGUGACGCCACUAAUCCCUGAGCUACAAAAAUCACAGCUCGCCGUCCCCGUCCAGCACACGGACGCCCAACGCGCCACAUUCGCCAGCCGCCUCACCCCUGAAACAGACUGAACCGAGUGUGACGAUCGGCAGACAUGGCUGUCGUUAGUGGAACUUACCGCAUGGUGUCCGAGGAGGAGCAGGCACUCCGGGCCAAGCUGGAGCGCCUCACCGUCAAGGACCACGGGCCGGUGUUCGGACCCAGCCCCAGCCUGCCGGACCACACCCGGCAGAAGGCCAAAGACGAGCUGAACGAGACAGACGAGCAGCGCGUUUCUGCGGUCAAGGAGCUGCGGGGGAUGAUCAAGGAGAAGGCGGAUGCGGGUGACGAGCUGGCCAAGGGGGUUCAGGACACUUUUGGGGAGAAGCCCGACAGCCUGCUGGUCCGCUUCAUCCGGGCCAGGAAGUACGAUGUUCCCAGAUCCUUCGAGCUCAUGAAGGGUUAUGUCCGAUUCAGGAAAGAAUACCCCGAGCUGUUUGAGAACCUGACGCCCGAGGCGGUGCGCAGCACCAUCGAGGCGGGCUACCCCGGCAUCCUCCAGAGCCGAGACAAGUACGGUCGCGUGGUUCUGCUCUUCAACAUCGAGAACUGGGACUACGAGGAGAUCACCUUCGACGAGAUCCUGCGGGCCUACUGCGUGAUUCUGGAGAAGCUUCUGGAGAACGAGGAGACCCAGAUCAAUGGCUUCUGCAUCAUCGAGAACUUUAAGGGCUUCACCAUGCAGCAGGCGUCGGGCAUCAAACCCACCGAGCUCAAGAAGAUGGUGGACAUGUUGCAGGACUCGUUCCCGGCCCGUUUCAAAGCUGUGCACUUCAUCCACCAGCCGUGGUACUUUACCACCACUUACAAUGUGGUCAAGCCCCUCAUGAAGAGCAAGCUUCUAGAGAGGGUGUUUGUGCACGGCGACGAGCUGGAGAACUAUUAUAAGGAGUUUGACGCUGACAUCCUCCCUGCGGAGUUUGACGGGAAAUCGGCCAAAUACGACGGCAAAGCAACGGCGUCCAAGUUGUUCGACUAAAAGCCAGAGUCGCAUUUACACUCCAUGCACUGCUGAGUGGACCUUUUUUUUUGUGGGGGGAGGGGGGUCCACACAAAGCCCACACAACCUUGAUGUUACGUUUUUAAGAUAAAAAUGAAAGGAAAUAUUGAACCUUAAGGCCCUGGCACCUUCUUUUAAUAGUGAAUCCUCAAAAUUUGAUGCCAUGCUCUGCCCACAUUCGACGGCAUAGGAAAAAAAAAAAAAAAAAGCUUGGUCGAUUUAGUAAUGGCUGCUUCAAACCAAACAUGGCAGACAUCCUGUUCCAUUUCAGGCAUGGGUCCUUGAGACUUUUCCAUGCGUCCUAUCCUGAUAGACAUGUCCACCAAAUUUUGUGUUGAUUGGUGAAACUGAUGUUAGGGGCUACAUUUUUUCCAACUUUCCAUGAUAUGGAAUUCGGCCCCAAAAUGGCCAACUUACUGUUCCAUUUCAUGCGAGGGGCCGUUAGACUUUUUCUUGUGUCCCUGAUUGGUGCAACUUGUAUCGGGUUGAUUUUUUUCUUAACUUUUCAGGCCCCUUUUUCACCGAUUUCGCCCCCCAAAAUGGCUGCUCAAGCCAAAAUGGAAGGCUUCCUGUUUCAUUUACAGAAUGGGUCGGUGACACUUUUUUAGGCAUCCGGUUAAAAGACAUGUCCACCAAAUUUUGUGUUGAUCUGUGAAACUGGUGUCGGGGGCUAUAUUUUUUCCUUUCCGGGACCCUUGUUCAUGGAAUUCACCCAAAAUGACUGCUCCUAACCAAAAUAAAUGACUUCCUGCCCAAUUGCGGUCAUGGGUCCUUGAGACUUCUUCGUGUGUCCUAUCCUGAUAUACAGUACAUGUCCAUUCAAUCCCGUGUCAAGAGGCGAAACUGAUGUCAGGGGUUAUGUUUUUUCUGAGUCUCCAGGCCCAUUCGUCAUGGAAAGACAGCUUUUCAUUUGUCGGACGAGGGUGUUUAAUUACUCAACUGCAGAUGUGGAAGCCAUCCGUGUCGUCAUAUCUCCUUGAAACAUGUUCGUGGGCUUUGUUGGGACCCAGGUUGAACCACCAAACAGUUACUGUUAAAGCAGCAAGUCCGUCCCCCCUUCCAUCCAUCCUUGUCCUUUAUUGCCUGCUGUUUACCACUAUGAAGUGUUUCCUAUUGUGCUACCUGCUGUACCAACACUGUCAUUUGAUUGUACAAUAAAGUGUAUACAAACUUAAA